ACUCGUAAAAUGAGCAACAAAGUUUGGGAAAAUUAAACAUUAGGUAAGACGUGCACAUUCACAUGCAUAUACAUAUGUGGUAACAGAAAUGCUGUGUCACUGUUUUUGGUGGAAGUAUUUUGUGGGACAUAUUUCUAGGGGGAAAAAGGCUUCAGUUUGUGUUCUCAUGAAGUGUUUCUCAGCAGCAAAUGCACUCCUGCACACACAUGUAUAUGCAGGGAUAAAAAACACACAUAUACACACAUUUAUUUGUGAUAAUCAUCAGAAGGACAUUAUCUCCAGUGCUGGCUCAGAUCUUAGGUCUCAUGCCAAACAAACACAAUGGAAAGCAUACUUACACUCUUAAUACUUGCGUAGUACAACUAUUAUCCUUCCCAAAGCCACCUCCUCCCCUCCCUCGGCAUCACUCCACACCCUGCAUCACGCCUGUCCUCUCUCUCUCUCCCACCCUCAUUCUCUACCUCCUUUAUAACCCAUCAGUGCCAUCUCACAACUCUCACUCAUUCUUGCUUUUUCAGCUUGGAAUGGACACAUCUGUUUUGGUGGGGGAACCAAACUGAGGACUUGCUGACACAAUGUUAUUGCGCUUUUUUGUAAAAAGUUGAAUUUCACUAGCACUUCUGGAUUUUACAUUUUGUUUUGUUUGUUUUUUUUUGGGGGGGGGGGGUACAUUCUACUAUAAUGUUCAAUUAAAUUGGGACGUGUGGACUUAUUUUUGUGUUUAAAGGAUGAGUUUUGCUAAGACACUCCUGUGAGCAUGGUUUUGCUGUCACUGACAGCACACAUGAAGAAACUCAUCUUUACUGAUUGAAAUUGGGAUUAAAUUUCAAUUUGAUCAACCACUAUAAAAAAAAGGAUAACUGGAUAUCACAGGACUAUGAACUGGUAAGAAUCAGUGUUACUUUCGUGAAACGUAAAUUGUGUAUACAGUCUUAGUACACUAUUAAUAUUUAGUAAGUAAUAUUUGCAGCUUCCAAUGCUGCAGCAGCAUGAUCACAUAAAGGUUCAAACUGAAAUAUUAGUCGUCAAAUUAUUGUUUAUUCAAAGUUUCUGUAAAAAAGAUGAGCAACUGCUCCAGUUUUUGUGAUUUUGUUUCUCUGACCUGUUUGACCUUUGUCAUCUCAACAGAUAUGCGGGGAACAUCCCCAGACUCUGAGCCAGAAACAUAAACCAACACCAUAACAGACAGACAGAUCACUUCAACUGUGGAGACGGGCAGCGGGCUGUCCAAAGACCCAGCCUGACGCACGGAGAGGGACAGACAGACAGACAGUCUGAUGCCAACUGUCUCCACUGUCAAUCUCAGGGCACCACUCCUCCUCCUGUUGCUAUGGGCAACCCACCCCACCAUGGCAACCAACUGGCUCUCCCUGGCGAGGUUGCCUCGCUCCAGGCCCGUGUCCGGUGCUGCCCCAUGUGCACGGCUGAGGGGGCUGACCCCAGGGCAGGUGGGUGUGUGCAGGGCGCGAGGGGAGGUCAUGGAGUCCGUACGCAAGGCAGCCGAGAUGGUCAUAGAAGAGUGCCAGCACCAGUUCAGGGAUCGCCGCUGGAACUGUUCCACCACGGCACGUGGGAUCAAUGUCUUUGGCAGAGUCAUGAACCAAGGGACUCGUGAGGCGGCCUUUGUGCAUGCUUUGUCCUCAGCAGCCGUGGCAGUGGCUGUGACCCGAGCCUGCACCCGCGGGGAGCUGGAUAGGUGUGGCUGUGACAGGAAGGUCAGGGGGGUCAGCCCCGAGGGAUUCCAGUGGUCAGGUUGCAGUGACAACCUGUCCUAUGGUGUGGCUUUCUCCCAAACAUUUGUGGAUGACCCAGAACGAGCCAAGGGGCUGUCAGCAGGGCGACCACUCAUGAACCUCCAUAACAACGAGGCUGGUCGAAAGGCCAUCCUUCACAACAUGCAGGUGGAGUGUAAGUGUCAUGGUGUCUCUGGCUCCUGUGAGUUGAGGACCUGCUGGAAGGUUAUGCCUCCAUUCAGGCGGGUCAGCGUUGUGCUCAAGGAACGCUUUGAUGGAGCCACAGAGGUUCGCCUGACUCGUAUUGGAUCCAGGACAGCGCUGCUCCCCCGUGAUCCGCAGGUCAAACCCCCCGCUGCCAGAGACCUUGUGUACCUUGCGCCCUCCCCAGAUUUCUGCCAUCUCGACCCUGACAACGGUAUCCCUGGAACUGCUGGUAGGAGAUGUAACGGAACCUCUCGGCUGGCACCAGAUGGCUGUGAGCUGGUGUGCUGUGGACCGGGCUACAGGGCAGGCCGGGCUGAAGUGGUGCAGCGCUGCUCCUGCAAGUUUUCCUGGUGCUGCUCAGUCCGCUGCCAGCAGUGCAAGAACACAGUCACCAUUCACACCUGCAGAGUCUAAGAGGGCCCAAAAAAGACCAAACUGCCUGCGCAGAAAGACCCGAACAAACCACCACACCACCACUCUUGAACACAACAUGGUCUAAGAAUAUAGACAAUAACAGUCUUUAAUUCACACAUUUAGCACCAAAUUUUCUUAAUUUAAUUCAUUUGCGACUGAAGCAGUGAGGCGAGUUAUGUAUGAGGAUUCUUCUGUAAACGCUGCAAAGUUAGAACACAUGUAAAAACAAAGCAAUGUAGACAAAAACAAUGAUAAAGCAUCAAGUACAUCUGGUAUAAAUUAAAAUCACCUUCAGAGGCGGACAGGUGGCCACACAGGCACAGACAUAGACAUGCGUGCACACAAAUUCACAUGAACACAACAGUUAAUGAACAGUUAAUCUCUCACUGAACUAACAAAAGCUUUUAAAGCUGAACUAAACCAGGACUAACAGGGAAACAUUACAGCACUCUUUAUUUUAUGCAAACUAUUCGCGUUAUGUCUCAUAGACUAGCAGGUCUUUGAACAUUUACUGUAUUUAUGUCUUCUUCUCUAUUCUGGUUUAUUUAUUUAAGUUUUUGCUUUACUUCAGCUUCCAGCAGAGACCUCUUAAAUAGGAAGAAUAACUUUUACUUACUUCAGUGUCUGUCUUGUGUUUUGUCCCUCACCAUCAUGUGAAACUCUUCUGCAUGUUCCUGCACAAGCAGUGCUUUUAGGUCUGUUCAAAAAAAAAUCUAAUAAAUACAGUAGUU